AUAAAGGUGGCUACAAAACAGCCAUGACUAUGCGCUUAUAUCAAGUCAUCAUCGAAAAACCAGAUAAGAGUAUUUUUAUCGCUAGAUUAAAUUUACAGGUGAUAUUGAAACUGUUAUAAUUCUCGCAUCAAAAACCACACUUUUCAGUUGAGCGAAAGUGGAUCUAUUUAAGUGUUUUUGGCCAGUUAAAUUAUGUGUUACCAUGUUGACCAUUGAUCGUAAAAAGAUUUUAGGGGUGGGAGGUUUUGCCACUGUUUUCGAAGGUUCUUUGGAUGGAGUGAAAGUGGCAGUCAAACGAAUUCCUCUAGAAAAAGCAACGGAACAAGAAGAGAUGGCCCUGAAAAUGUUGGAGCAUACCAACGUCAUCAAAUUAUUUCACGUGGAGGAGGACCAAGACUUCAGAAGUUUCGCCCUUGAAUUGUGUGAUGCCUCUUUGGACCAACUAUUUCUCAAAAAAGACGACCCGAAAAAAUACCGCGGCCCAAUGCCACCAGAAACUGAAGUUCUUCUUCAAUUGGCUAAAGGACUCGAGUACAUUCAUCAAAGGGGAUUAGUCCAUCGCGACAUCAAGCCACAGAACGUUCUCAUUUGGGAGAAUCCAAACAAAAACCAGGUUUUGAUGAAAUGGGCUGAUUUCGGUUUCAGUAAACAAGUCAACGAAAGAGGUUCUUUCACAAUAAGCGGAGUGAGAGGAACAUACGAUUAUUCCGCACCGGAAAUAUUAAAAUUACUGGACGAGGUCAGUUCUACUGGAAACGAAGUUCAGAAAAGAGGAACAGUCCAGAGCGAUGUAUUCGCAGAAGGACUCGUCUUUGGCUAUUCCAUUUCGGGAGGGGUUCAUCCUUUUGGUUCCACAAGUCAUCAAAUUCAAAUCAACUUAAGAACAAAUAAAUCAGCCAAUCCUCCCGAGUAAGUUGAGUCAAAGCCUAUUACAAAUAAUUUUAGGUAUAGACCCUGACAACAUUCGUACUACAAUCACAAGAAUGUUAGAAAAAGACCCAAAAAAUCGAAUUACUUCGUCUGAUGUCGUUAAUCGACUCACCGAAAUUAUCCUGAAGAAUUCACAGCAGAUGUUUCCAAUACUAGCGGAAGGGAACCCAAUAGCAGAAGAAAUCGGAAAACUGAUACAAGAAGGUGCGGAUGUCAAUGCCAAAGAUGAAAAAGGAUUGACACCGCUAUUGUGCUUAGCAAAAAGCGAAAAGAUAAGUGAAAAUUUGGUUGAAAUAUUUAGUCUCUUGAUCCAAAUCGGAGCCAACGUCAAUUCAUGUGACAGCAACGGCGAAAAUGCUCUCCUUUUGUGGUGCAAAAAUCGUAAACAACAUGAAAACAAAAGCUUUUUGCCAAUCCUCAAUAUAUUCGUUAAAAAUGGGA